GCCUUGUCUCACAGUCUCACCUCACUCCACCCUUGCAAGUCUUCUCCCUCUCUCUUUCUCUUUCUCUUUCUCUUUCUCUCUGUUGUCUUUUAAUUCUUCUUUGAAGAGGGGAAGGGCCUAUUUUGGGUCCUCUUCGCAUUUACACCGAACAAAAACCUCAAACCAAGAAAGAAGGAAAGAAAAAAAAUAUGCAUCCUGUUAAAUACGGAGCCCAUCAUCUACAGCAACAGCAGUUAAUGGAUGAUGACGGCUCUUCAUCUGGAGUUUUCUCCAUUUCUAAUCCUCCUCAAUACCACCACCAACAAUCUCCUUUUCAUCCUAACUACCCUCAACAUUCUCAACAGCAACAGAAGCAACAGCAAAAUCUUUUCCAACAACAUUCAUCAGUUCCGGUUACGCAUCAGCUUUUCCAACAUCAUCAGUUCCAACCAUUUGAACAACAAGCCGAGCCUGCUCAUCAUCAUCAUGUCCAUCAACAACCCUUUUUGGCUGUCAAUUUCAAGUUGGGUCUUAAUGAAAAUAGUGGGAAAAAGGAGGCUGCUUUAGCUUUGAAUCAUCAACCGAAUGUUGCUACUUUUUUCGAUGGAAAUGAGCAACAUGUUCAUGAGAAUCGGCGGCCACAACAACAUUCCCUUUUGAUGCCUCAUUGUUGGCAUCCCCAAGAAGAUUCUCCCAUCAAAGAACCCUUUUGGAAGCCUCUAAACCGAUGUGAAGAUAGGCAGUGUAGUGGAGAUGGAGCUAGAGGGAUAGAGGGGAAUAAGUACGACAAGGUUUUGCAACAACCGGGUCAAUGUACAAGUGAGAGAAGCAAGAAUUUGGAUAACAAAUAUAGACUCUUUGGUGAGCUUGAAGCUAUUUAUGGCCUUGUGAAGGGUGGAGAAACUACUCAAGCUGGUUCUGGGUCUGCUCUCACCGGUGAAAAUUCACCUACAAAUGUUGGUCUUUCCAUGCCCCUAAGUGAAUUUCAAGCACAUAAUGUAGGUGCCAAUUGCGGGGGUGGUAAUGUUGCACAUGGGGUUGAUCAUGGAUCAGAGACUUCUAUUGGAGAAGAAGCUUCAAUAAGGAAGAUUGAAAAGAAGAAGAGGAAGAGGAAAAUGAAGGAGCAAUUGAGUUCAAUGAUUGGGUUUUUUGAGUGUUUGGUGAAGCAAGUGACUGAUCAUCAAGAGGGUCUUCAUAAAAGGUUCUUGGAAGUGAUUGAAAGAAUGGAUAAAGAAAGGACAAUGAAAGAAGAAUCAUGGAGGCGACAAGAGGCUGAAAAGCGUCAUAGAGAAGCCUUUGCGAGAGCACAUGAACAAGAUCAAGCUACAAGUAGGGAGGCUCUUAUUGUUUCGUAUUUGGAGAAAAUUACAGGUCAAAGCAUCAGUCUACCUGCAAGGACUCCAUUGUUGCUGCAGCCGGAAAGUGCAAUUGAACCCUUCAAAGAAAGCAUGCCUGUGAAGGUUGAUAACAGUAGCAGGUGGCCUAGAGCUGAAGUUGAGGCCUUGAUUCAAGUGCGAUGUAACUUCGAAUCAAAGUUUCGAGAACCUGGAUUAAAGGGGCCUCUUUGGGAAGAGGUGAGCUCUUUCAUGGCUUCCCUUGGUUAUCAAAGAAGUGCAAAAAGGUGCAAAGAAAAAUGGGAGAACAUAAACAAGUAUUUCAGGAAGAGCAAAGAAAAUGGUAAAAUGCGCCCUCAGCAAUCUAAAACCUGCACUUAUUUUGACCAACUGGAUCAGCUCUACUCAAGAAUACCCGUUACUUGUCCCACUUCGCCUAGGCCUUUGAUUAACCAGGAUAUUGAGAUGCAAGAGCAUGGUGAUUCAGACUUUUUAGAAGCUUAUAUGCCUGAGGGUGACCUUGAGACUGCACAAGAUAACGCUAGAGGGAGCCUUAAAGUUUCUGAAAUCAACUCCCAAUUGGAUUUUGAUGGCGCAGUUGAUGAGAAUGUAAUAGUGCAAGGAUGCAAUGGAAAGGACAAUGAAAGCCAUGAAAACUAGUUGGAGAAAAAGGCUGAGCGAUCAGAAAGAUGAUGAUAAUGGCAGUGACAUAGGAGAUCAGUGAGAAUUGAGGUGAAUCUAAAGAAUAGAAUGGUAAAACUCGGUUUAUCACAAGGUAAUUCUUUUUCCAUUCUCAAAGAGUUUCCAGAGGCAAUGGGGUUUAGUUCCUCAAUGUUGCUAUUAUAUAUUUUUGAGUUUGAACUAAGCUUUCAUUACAGCUGACUAUAAGCAAUAUGUUCGACCAAAUUUGUAAGGAUGUGAAUUAGAAUUUCAAUCCAUCUAAAAAUAGUUUACAAAUUAAAUGAAUGUAGACCUCUUAAUUUUCUUGAUGUGGUAGAGAUUGCUUUUUCUUAUUCUUUGUUUUUUCUUUUGUAUCAUCUGCCUAUGGACCAUGGAUAG